GCGCCGCCAUGGCUGCGGGCGCGAUGCGGACGCGGAGUCUGCGGCGGGGCCUCCCCGCGCUGGGGGUGCUGCUGCUGCACGGUGUGUGCAGCGUGGCGCCCAUGGACAUCCGAGCCAGCCCCGCCGUGCGUGCCUUCCUGGGCGAGGACGUGGUGCUGAGCUGCACCUUCCGCUCCUCCGCGCCCCUCACCGAGAAGCUGACGGUGGACUGGACGUACCGGCCCCGGGAGGGCGGUGGCCUCGAGACGAUUUUUCAUUAUCAGUCUGUUGCCUACCCGACUGAAAUAGGGACAUUCAAAGGCAGGAUUUCCUGGGUCGGGGACGUUGCCAAGGGCGAUGCUUCCAUCGCCAUCCAAAACCCAGUUCUGAGUGACAAUGGGACGUUCUCCUGCGCUGUGAAGAACCCUCCGGACGUGCACCACAACAUUCCCUGGACGGUGCUGACCGUCACGGAGAGGGGCCUGUCUUUCCAGCUGACAUCAGCAAUGUUGCUGUCCAUCCUAGUGUUCGUUCCCUCGGUCAUUGUGGUGAUUCUGCUGCUAGUGAGGAUGGGAAGGAAGUUUGGGUUGCUAAAGAAUAGAAAAAAAUCAGGCUAUAAGAAAUCCUCCAUUGAAGUGUCUGAUGAGCCUGAACAUAGCGAGAGAGAUGGCUGCAUGAGAAGGCUGGGGAUAUGGUGUCUGCAGUGUGUGGACUCUGAUGAUGAAGACCCAUACUGAAUGACCAAAGCCAGGUGAAAGGAGAAAUUGCAGCAUUGGAAAGUUCUAUCCAGAAAAUCCCAAAGAUCCCUGGAGACCCAGUGCAGGAUGAAGCCACCUGCCUCUCUUAUCCUGAAGAAUUGGGAGAAUGAUGCUGAGAUAGAAGAAUCAAUUUUUAUUGAAUGAUAGAAAUUACGAUUUUAAAAUAUUUUUUUAUUGCAAAAGUGAGCAUGUUGUAUAUUAAAACCAGCCCACUUCCUUUA